AUGCUUCUCAAAAGUCUUCUCUUGACUCUCCUCCUAGGCGCCUUCUCUGUGAGCGCCCUCCCGAACCCUGAGGCCGAAGAUUUUGGCCUCGAGGCUAGGGACGACGACAACGACCUUGCCGCUCGUGGCUACAAGCCUCCUAAGUGCGGCUAUGACUCGGGCGCGUAUUGGAAGCACGGGCGUUGCCACUGCAAGAACAGGUGGGAGGAUUACAACAAAUACUCCAAGAAAUGCGAGAAGAAGUGCGGCGAUGACGCAUAUUGGAAGAAUGGAGACUGCCACUGCAAGAACAGGUGGGAGGAUUACAACAAGCACUCCAAGAAAUGCGAGAAGAAGUGCGGCGAUGACGCAUAUUGGAAGAAUGGAGACUGCCACUGCAAGAACAGGUGGGAGGAUUACAACAAGUACUCCAAGAAAUGCGAGAAGAAGUGCGGCGAUGACGCAUAUUGGAAGAAAGGAAAGUGCCGCUGCAAGAACAAGGGAGAGAAGUUCAAUGAGUGGAAGAAGGAGUGCUACUGCCCCAAGGGCAAGAAGUGUGGAGGCUACGGCUACGGCUAUGACGAUAACGAUGGUGGUGAUUGA